CUGCUGUUUUCACACUUCUGACACCAGUUGUGGUAGAAGAAUUUGGUGCCACUGGAUUGAUCGUUAUUCGAGUCAUUGAGGGAUGGGAGAGGGUACGACUUUCCCAGCCUUGAACUCUCUCCUAGCCCAAUGGGCACCGCCUUUAGAAAGAUCCAAAUUGGGUUCUUUGGUGUUUGGUGGAGCCCAAUUCGGAACAAUUGUUGGAAAUGCCUUGAGUGGAGUUGUAUUACAUGCCACUGAAGACUGGAGAAGUGUUUUCUAUCUCUUUGGAGGACUAGGAACUUUGUGGUUCAUCAUUUGGGUGAUGAUCUGUUACAACGACCCAGCAUCUCAUCCUUUCAUAACUGAUUCAGAAAAAGAGUACAUUCAAGAAACUUUAAAAUGCACAUCUAGGGAAACUGAUUUACCACCUACACCAUGGAGAGCAAUUUGGACAUCUGUUCCAUUGUGGGCACUUAUUUGCGCCCAGAUUGGACACGAUUGGGGUUUCUUCACAAUGGUAACAGAUCUCCCGAAAUACAUGAACGAUAUUUUGAAGUUCAACAUUUCUGAAAAUGGAUUAUAUUCUGCUCUUCCAUAUGUAGUCAUGUGGAUCGUGUCGAUUUUAUCUGCAAUUUGGUGCGAUUAUAUGUUGAAGAGGGAAAUGUUGAGUGUCACCAAUGCUAGGAAAUUAUUCACAACGAUAGCAUCUGUUGGUCCAGCUUGUUUCAUCAUCGGAGCUUCAUUUGCUGGUUGUGAUAAAACUCUUGUGGUUGCCUUGUUCACCAUUGGAAUGGGUUUCAUGGGAACUUUCUACGCCGGUAUGAAAAUCAACGCAUUAGAUUUAAGUCCAAAUUAUGCCGGUACAUUGAUGGCCAUCGUCAAUGGUAUUGGGGCACUUUCUGGAAUUAUCACUCCUUAUCUGAUAGAAGAGUUGACGCCAAAUCACUCUUUGGUAGAAUGGCGAGUUGUCUUCUGGAUCGCCUUCGGAGUCUUCAACGUGACCAACUUAGUUUAUAUAUUAUUCGCAUCGGCGGAAACCCAAUGGUGGAACGAUCCUCUUAAAAACAAUCCGAAAAUGGACGUAGAAAAAGAACAACAUAAAAUAGAGGAUUUUAAUGCGAAAAAAAUUAGCCAAUAAUAAUUUAAAUCUAGUAAGCAAAAAUUAGGUUCAAAUAAAACAUACUAUGGGGAAAGAGAUCUAGAGUCGGUGAAAAAAGAAGAAAGAAACGAUAACUUUGAGACGAU